AUGUACUCCAAAUUAGCCGUCUUAUUAGCUGCCGCCGCUGUCGCCACUGCGCAAACUGCCACUGAAAUUGCUGAAUUAAACGCCAUCUUAUCUGAUGUCGGUUCCAAUUUAAAUGACUACAUCGCAUUAUCUACCGACUCAAGCUCUGGUAUCUCUUUAACUAAUUUACCAGCUGGUGUCUUAGACAUUGGUUUAGCUUUAGCUAGUGCCACUGACAGCUCCUACACCACUUUAUACUCUGAAGUCGACUUUGCCGGUGUUUCUUCUCUAUUAACCAAAUUACCAUGGUACUCUUCCAGAAUUGCUCCAUUAAUCGAAGCUGCUCUUGCUUCUGUUGGUACUGAUGCUACCACUUCUGCUGCUGCCACCUCUUCUGCUGCGGCUGCCACCUCUUCUGCUGCUGCUUCCUCUGCUGCUGCCACCUCUUCUGCUGCUGUCACCUCUUCUGCUGCUGCUUCCUCUUCUGCUGCUGCCACCUCUUCUGCUGCUGCUUCCUCUUCUGCUGCUGCUUCCUCUUCUGCUGCUGCUUCCUCUUCUGCUGCUGCCGCUACUACCACCAAGGCUGCUUCUACUGUCGCCGCUGUUUCUCAAAUCACUGACGGUCAAAUUCAAGCUACCACUGCUACUGUUGACCAACAAACCGCCAACGGUGCCGCCAAGGCUGUUGCCGGUAUGGGUGCUGGUGCCUUAGCCGCCGCUGCUUUAUUAUUAUAA